CCAUUUCCGCUCUACAUAUGUGUUCUUCCUGGUUGUUGAUUCGUCUGUGAAAGUAGCAGCAUUUCGGCCAUGAGCAAGUUCCAGUAGAAUGCACGCGACGUUUGGAAAUAACACCAAAUAGCGUGAAAUCUAUGUAGAUGCGCGCGCGCUUUUUGCUGCCAAAGCGUGUCGUUUUGCGCUGAAGGAUUCGUGCAAUGCAGUGUUCAUUUUGAUGAAGUCCAAAAUGCCCGACUGCUGUGCCGCAGCAAACUGCAAGCAGAGUACGGACCAGUCCAACGUUUCCUUCUUUAGGUUCCCGCAGGAUCCCGUUCGAUGUAAACAAUGGGUGGGUAAGUGCCACAGACCAGAUCUGGAGACCAAAACACCUGAAGAUUUACACAGCAACUACAGAUUGUGCUCCAAACACUUUGAGACCUCAAUGAUAUGCCAGCAAAGCUCUCAGAAAUCUGUUUUGAAGGAUGAUGCCGUUCCCACUAUAUUUGAUUUUGCAACCAACCAGGACAAUGCACAAACUAGCAACAGAAAAAGGACACGGGAGAAAAUAGGAGAGGAGCCUGUUGCCACAAAGAAAACUAAAGGUACCACCAAUAACUCAAACCCCUCUGUGCCAGAGGCAGAAGAUAAAGUUGAGGGUGAUUCAGCUGAGAACAGCGAGAAACACAAUCCUCCUGCACAUGAUGAAUCAGAGAAGGAGGAUCCUGCUUUUUCCAAAGCGAAGGAAAUUUUGAAAGACUACUUCAAGGAGACUUUAGCCUUCACUGGUUUUAGCAUCACCAACAGUGCAUCUCUUAACGCUGUUAAACCACUGGGGAAUGACCCAGCUAGGCCACUCUCUGUCAACACCAUAUGCGCAGAGAAGAUUGACCAAAAAGAAGUGCUCACCUUAGGUGAGGAUGUGAUGCGUGAGGAGAUCCGCAAUAGCUUGCGCCUUGCACGCUUCUUUUCCAUACUUCUUCAAGACAGAGUAAGCAUUGAGGGCAAGGACCAGAUUCCUGUGUUUAUCCGCUCAGUCACUGGUGAAGGCUUUCCACAGAAACACCUCAUGGGAUUCCUUCCUUGCGAUGUUGACUCUGACACUCUGUUCCUUAUGCUUAUAUCUGAGAUCCGGAACAAGUGGGGCCUGCGGAUGGAGCACUGUCGCGGCUUCACCUACCUGUCAUCAGGUGCCAUGUGUCAGAAACUGAAGGAGCUCUCCUGCAGGAUGCUGCGGGAUUUUCCACAGGUAGUUUUGUCCCCCAGUGAGCCUUAUGCCUUCAAUGUGUGGUUGAUUCGCUCCAUGCCCAUCCUUCCAAUUCAGGACGUUGUUGAUACUGUAGAGCAGGUUGCUGCCGUUAUUAGGCAGUCAGAAACUCUGGCAAAGAAACUGGAUGCCAAGAUCACUGCUUCAUACAGCCACAUCAAAGGCGAAGUGGACAGAGUGAAGGAGUCUUGUCAGAACCAAUGGGAAUAUGCCACCGAUGCUUUCCAGACAAUGCUUGAUAUCUUGGAGCCGCUUUUGAGCAGCAUUGGAGAGAUGUGCACCAGUGCCCUUUCAGAUGUAGACACAGACACCAUCGUAGUGCUUCUAAUGCUAAAAGAGAAGCUGAAGAACUUUGAUUUCAUCAUUACACUUGUGGUCUUGAAGAACACACUGUGUUGUGUAAGCAUCCUGAACCCCAGCCUCAGGGGAAUAAUCAGCAUCAGCAGCACGUUGCAGUACACCAUCUCUAACGCCUUGAAGCUUCUAACCAAACAUAUGCAGGAGAUCGCCAUUUUUCACAGAAAGUGGUUCUCUGAUGCAGUGGGCAGAGCCAAGAAGUUGGGGGUGCCAGUCAGUCUGCCAGUGGAGAUGGUGACAAAUGGUGAUGGUGCAGAGAAACCACAAGCCUCUUUGGAGGAUUACUACAGGGAAGCACUGAGCAAGAAGGUUUUACAAUACCUUGUUGAUGAAGUCAAAAGAGUGCUAGGUACUGAAAUGGCAAGAAUCCUCAGAUGGUUGUCAUUGGUGCCCUCAUACAUGGCUGACCACAAUUUUAGCAUCCGCAAAGACAAAGUUGCUGAUGCUAACCUGAAUAACUUGGCUCGUCCUGACUCCUUUUACGAUGAGCUGGGCUGUUGGGAAGUGAAAUGGCGACAUGCUAGCAAGCGAAGGAUUCUUCCCACAAGUGUGUUUGCUACCCUCAAGAUCCCAGAUAUAGGCUUUUACCCAAAUGUACAGAGCCUGUUGAGAGUGCUGGGCACCAUCCCUUGUGUCCGUGCAGAAUCUGAUGUGUAUGGGCACUAUGACAUGGUGUUGGGCCGCUAUCAGUCCUACAUGAAAGAAGUACAAGUGGAAAAGAGACUGAGCAAUAUGGCCUUUGUUUAUGUCAAUCAAGAUGUCCACUUCAGCAUUGAGGAAAUGGUGGAGGCGUAUGUGAAGAAAUAUCCAGAAAUCCUGCAGCUAUUACACGAAGAUGAUGUAAUGGAAGUACAACCAUCAGUUCCUGAAACCAGUGCAAAUGACGCCUCUAAAGAAGAUACAGAAGAACCAAGAGAGAUGACUUUAAAUAUGGACAUUGAGAGACAGAAACCGCCUGAGUGUGCAGAAACUGACAAAGAGGCAUUAAAAUCUGCAUUACAGACCGCUGUCACGGCAGCAUACGGCAGGCAAAGCAGACACACUCAGGGUGAUCAAGAUCAGGAAGUAGAAUAUGUGACCAAAUCCGAGAUGAAUGAAGUCCUUAAAGUGUGUGAGGAUGUUGUAAGGGAAAGGAUUCUUUCAGAGCUCGGAAAUUCAUUCUUCUCCCUGUUUAUCGACCGAGUUGUCAGAUUGGGAGAGACAGACUACUUACCCAUGUUCAUCAGAUUUGUUGACAGUUUUGAUGUCAUGCGCCUUGAGCUUCUGGGUUUUAUUGAGGUUACUCAUGACACUGAGGCCAUGUGCGAACGGCUUUUUGAUGUUGUCAUCAAAGAGUGGAAUCUCGAUUUGAGCUACUGCAGAGGUCAAGCUUACCUUGGCUCUGGGGAAGUGUCCUACAAGCUCAAGGCCUUUGCAUGUAAAAUACAGGAGCAGUAUCCUCUUGCUAUAUGCACACACUGCUCAUGUUACUCUUUCAAUACCUGGUGGUCAAGGUCAGUUCCAGUAGCUGCAGUCAUCAGAGCCAUAGACACCUUAGAGGAGAUAGUGUCAUUCUUCCACGGCAUGCCUGCCCUCGAGAAACAGUUAGAUCAAGUCUUAGCCAUAGGCCUAAGAGAGAGCUAUGAGAAAAUCCAUGAGCUUCAAGGAAAGUUCUGCUCCUCUUGGCUUGAGAAACACGACUCUUAUGAAGUCUUCGCUCAGAUUCUGGAGCCUCUGGUAGAUUGGCUUGAAAAUAUUGAUAACUGCCAACCACAAAGAUGGAGUUUGGCAGUAUCCAACCGAGCCAAGAGACUACUUCAGUUAAUAAGGGACUUUGAUUUCAUUGUAGCAAUUGUUGCGCUAAAAAAUGCCUCAUCCUUCACCAGAGAACUGAGUGCAGCAUUACAGAAAGACCAUUUUAGUGCUGCCUCACAGCUUAGCCAGAUCAGUGGUAUUGUGGCCACGCUUAACAGAGUGAAAACCAACAUCAAGGUUUUCCAUCAGAAUUGGUUUGAUGAAGCUUCUUGUUUUGCUCAGAGUCUGGGUGUGCAGGUUAAAGUGCCUGAUAGUGUGAUUGUUCCAAGGGACAGCCUUUUGAAGCCAGGUUCAUACUAUAAAGACACAAUGAGUGUCCCUUUAGUUGACCACCUUAUAAACAUGGUGAAAGACUAUUUCUCUGAUGACCACAAAGAGGCUCUCAACUUAUUGUCCUUGGUCCCAUGCUCUGUGACAAUGAGCUAUGUUUUUGAAACGCUCAAGUCAAAACCUCCAUUGUACAUUGGUGACCUUCCCGAUCCUGACAACUUCUUCACGGAGCUAAGCUGCUGGAAAGUGAAGUGGAAAACAAAAGUGGUUAGUGUAACCAUACCAGAGACCAUUUUUCAGACUCUGCGUCUACCCCUCAUGCAGUACUUUGUAAACAUCAACACAUUGCUGAAGAUAAUGUGUGUGUUGCCAAGCACAGCUUUGGAAUAUUGUGGUGAGGUGAAGCGCCACAAAAUGUAUCAAGACUACUUGAGCAACACCCCACCUAUGGACAGAUCGCCCUGUUUGGCCGUGCUUCAGGUGGGCACUGACUUUAACAGAGACCUAGACCGAAUGGUUGCUCAGUGCUUAAAGCUCACACCUAAGACACUGGAGGGCAUUUGCCUGGACAAAGAAUCCAAAACCUUAGGAAGGACUGUUGAAAUAAAAACAGAAGAUGACACCCACAUGGAUGAAGUAGAGGACAGGGAAGCUCAGCAGGACAAAGACUCCAGAAUACUUGUGGUGAAUUCUGAGAUAACAGGCAGUGAAGCAGAAAUCUACAAAGAGGGAGCAGAGAGCAUAGAGACUCAGCAGCAGUCUGAAAACAUAGAAGUGGUUGCUGGUUGCGCGGAAGUGGCUGCUGAGGAGCAGCGUGAAAAGGUUGAAGAAGCGGAGCAGGUUCCAGAUGAGAAUGGCCAUUCUGUUGAACCAGCUGACAACAUAAAAAACUGUGAAGAAGUCUUUAAACAGGCAGCUAUGCUUGCAAGGAGAAACUGCUCAUUGAUCGACCUUGAUAAACCAGAGCAAGAUGCUGUUGUUCAGAAACUUGCCUUAUGUCAUUGGGUAAAGGAGGAAGGGACAUCGUUUUCAGAGGGAGAAAUGUUACAAAGUAUUGUGAAGGCCAUACGAGAAACAAUCCUCAAUGAAGUUCAGGACUCUCCUUUCUUUUCCAUCAUCACUGAUAGAGCUAUUUCAGUGGGUGAGGCGAAGUUCCUACCGGUCUUUGUUAGAUAUGUGAAUGACUGCAUACCUAAAGUGGAGCUUAUAGGAUUUCUGCCCUUUGAUGAAAGCUCUGAUGUGGAUUUGCAAGCUAAGGCUCUUUCAGCAACACUUGAAGAUGAGUGGGGACUUCAGAUGGGCUGCUGUCGCGGCCAGUCCAUCAUGUGCUUUGGUACGGGGAGCAAAAGUCUCAGGAAGAUGGCUUUGGGUUUUUUAGAGAGCUAUCCAUUAGCUGUGAACACUCCCAGUGAGUCUUGUGGACUUGCUUAUUGGCUGGCUUUAAGCCUACAAAAUGCAUCCAUUACAAAGGUUCUAGAGACAGCUGAGGAUCUAUUACAGUUUUUUGACCAGUCACCCAAAUUAGAGAGUGAGCUUGCCAAGACCAUGGAUGGGCUACUGAAUACCCCACGGGAAGCACUUGCAGAGGUCCCAGAGACCUGCCUGUCCAGAUGGAAGAAGAGAGAAGACUUCUUUGAUAUUUUGGUGGACAUGCUGGAGGGAGUCCUGAACUGCUUAGAUUCUGUGAGCACCAACUCCAGUGGGUCAUGGAGUGAUAGCAUGUCACUGCAUUCCCAGAUCCUGUCCACAGCUCUUAGACAGGUUGAUUUUAUCAUCCCCCUAGUGAUCUUGAAAAAUGCCUGUGCACCCUUAAGGAAUUGCAGCACUGUGUUUCGCUGUGGAAACCCUGCUGACAUUAUUUGCGAGCUUGAGAAGAUUAUGCCAAUAAUAGAUACAUUUAGCAAGAUGUUGGACAAUGUGAGUGCGGUGCAUUCUGUCUGGUUUGAGGAGGCAGUGGAGCUUGCAACUAAAGUCAUGGGAUUGCUGUCAUAUGCAGAAUCUGUCAGUGGCUAUGAUUCACCAGAAACAUCUUACAUGGAAGCAGUUAGCUUACCAGUUCUAAAUGGUUUGAUUGAAGAAAUGAAGUUUAACUUCUCAGAGAAUCACCUAAAAGCCCUGAAAGUUUUGUCCCUUUUGCCAACGUGCAACCCUCUGCCUAUUCUCCCAGAAUCCACAGAAAAACUGCACACUAUAUACCUGAGUGAUCUCCCUGAGCCAGAAACAGCAGAAGAAAACAUCAACACCUGGGCCAUGGUAUGGAGGGAGAAGUAUCAAGAUGUUUGUCCUCCUACCUCCAUCUCUGAGACAUUGCUCCAUAAUGAAGCUAAAAACCUUCCAAAUGUUGCAACCCUUCUUAAGCUUGCGGCGGUGCUGCCCAGCAUUAGCAUGGAGUGCGAUCUAAUGAAGACAACGCUAAACUCUUUGAGGACCUUACUCCGAGAUGGUAUCUUCAACAGGGGCAGUAAGACUGAUGCAGUGAUGCUUCUUAUGCAUCGCCAGACACUACAGAGCCUGGAAGAGGUGAUCGAGAAAUGCAUGGCGGGUGAUCCAGAAAGUAAUAAAUUUCUUGCUCAGGUAAAGUCAAGAGUUAAUCACCUGAGAAUGGAAGGUGAGGUGAUUGCCAUGGCUCCACAGGAGAUGGUUGUAGAUACAAAUGAUUCUGAUUAUCCACAAGAGGCAAAUGUUUGUGGAAUCGACGCCAAACCUGCUGCUCCAGAGGAAAUUCUUGUGGAAACCAAUGACUCUAGUGAAAUAGAAAGAGCUGAAGAAAAUACACCUGACCAGCCAUCAUCUUUAACAGUUAGCAGCUCAGACAAAGCCACAACUGCAGCUCAAGUCAUCCCUGCAUGCAGCUCUCUGCCAACCAGCACACCUGACCAACCAACAGAAUCUGUCCAAGAUGCCGCUAUGCAGUCUACAGCAGCCGAACAUGAUAGAAGUGAUCAACUGAUCGCACUUGUUCAAGAUCUAAAUGAUAGGUCUGAAGUACUUGAUCAGUGUGGAAUUGGUCUACCAGUAACAGGGGAUCAAAUAGUUACUAAUCAAGGUGGAACUGAGCAGUCCAAUGAAGAAGAGCCAGUUAGCACUGUUCAGUCCGUAUCAGCUAAUCAAAGUGAAGCUGAUCAACCUAUGGAAGUUGAUCAGUUUGUUGCCACAGAACCAGGUGAAACUGACCAGCCAGCAACAGAGGAACUAAGUGUACCUGAUCAGUUCACGGCAGUUGCUCAAGUUGAUACUGAUUCCACCAUAGUUGCUCAAGAUGAAGGUUGUCACACAGUAACAGGCUUAGCAGAUGGUCAGUUUGUGUCAGAGGAUCAGAGUGAAUCUGUUCAGCUCAUGUCAGUUGAUCACAGUGUAAAUAAGUUAGAGUCGGUCCUUCAAAGCGAAACUGAUCAACCCAUGGAAAUUGAUGUGAGUGGAAAUGAUCCAUAUGUAGUUGAAGAUCAGGGUGGAAAUGGCCAGCCAGAAACAGGGGAACAGUGUGUAGUUGAGCAGUUGGAAGAUAGUCCAGUUGAAACUGAUCAGUCUAUUGUAAAAGUUCAGGAUGAAGCUUGUCAGUUAUUAACAGUGAUGUCAGGUGAAGGAGAAACUGGUCAAUUGGUAUCAGUGGAACAAAUUGGAUCUCAUGAUCUUGAGGCUGUUGAUAACUCUGGAAAUGAUUGUUCUGUAGCAGCAGGUCAGGACAAAACCGGUCAGUCAGUAACUGAAGAUCAGAUUGUAAAGGAUCGGUUUUUGUCAGAUGGUCAAUUUGAAACUGUAAAUUUAGUAGUAAAAAGUCAAGAUUCUGUUCAGACAGAGCAUGAAUUAGCAAAUGAAGGUGAGUUAAUAUCAGAAGAUCAAAGUGAAUCUCAUGAGCUCAUGGUAGUUGACUCUGGAAAAGACCAGUCUCUAACAUCAGCUCACAUUGUAACUGGUCAGUCAGAAAUGGGAGACCAAAGUGUAACAGAAGAAUUCUUAGUAGUUGGUCAAGUUGAAAAUGAUCAUUCCAUAGAAGAGGAUCAAGAUGAGACUGAGACGACGGAAACUGAGUUCCCAAGUGAAGGUGAAACUAGUCAGUUAGUAUCCGGAGAUCAAAAUGUAUCUGAUCAGCUUAUGGUAGUUGACUCUGGAAAUGAUCAGUCUGUAACAGCAGAUCACAGUGUAACUGGUCAGUCAGAAAUAGGAGACCCAAGUGUAACAGAACAGUUCAUAGUAAUUGGUCAAGUUGAAAAUGAUUAUUCGGUAGUAGAAGAUCAAGAUAAAACCGGACAGACAGAAACUGGGUUCCCAAGUGAAGGUGAAACUAGUCAGUUAGUAUCCGGUGAUCAAAAUGUAUCUGAUCAGCUCAUGGUAGAUGACGACUCUGGAAAUGAUCAGUCUGUAACACCAGAUCAAAGUGUAACUGGUCAGUCAGAAAUAGGAGACCCAAGUGUAACAGAACAGUUCAUAGUAGUUGGUCAAGUCGAAAAUGAUCAUUCGAUAGUAGAAGAUCAAGAUAAUACCGGUCAGACAGAAACUGGGUUCCCAAGUGAAGGUGAAACUAGUCAGUUAGUAUUAGGAGAUCAAAAUGUAUCUGAUCAGCUCAUGGUAGAUGACGACUCUGGAAAUGAUCCAUCUGUAACAGCAGAUCAAGAUGUAACCUGUCAGUCAGUUACAGAAGAUCAAAGUGUACCUGAUCAAUUUAUAGCAGUUGGUCAAGUUGAGUCAGAUCAAUCUGUAGUUGAAGGUAAAAAUGAAACCGCUCCGAAAGAAACUAUAUUACCAAACAAAGUUGGAACUAGUCAGUUAAUAUUGGAGGAUCAAUGUGGAGCUGAUCAGCUCAUGGUUGUUGAUUCUGGAAAUGAAGAGUCUGUAACAGUAGAUCAUAGUGGAACUGGUCAGUCUGUCUUACCAAAUGAAGUUGGAACUAAUCAGUUAGUUUUGGGAGAUCGUGGAUCUGAUGAGCUCAUGGUUGUUGAGUCUGGAAAUGAUCAGUCUGUAACAGUAGAGCAAGGUGGAACUGAUCAGUCAUCACCAGAUCAAACUGUAACUGAUACAUUUGUGGAAGUUGCAGCUUAUCAGCCUAUAGUAGAACAUCAAAGUGGAUUUGGGUUAGAAGAUGGAAGUGGAACUUGUCAGAUGGCAUCAGGGAAUCAAAGUGGAAAUGAUCAGCUUGUGGCAGAUGAACCCUGUGGAAAUGAUCAGUCUGUAGUAGAAUCUCAAGGUGAAACUGUUCUUGCAGUUGCAUUGAAUCAAAGUGUACCUGAUCAGUCUGUGGAACUCAGUCAAGGUGGAAAUGAUCAGAUAGUACCAGGGAAUCAAAGUGAAACUGAUCAGUCCAACAUAGAUCAGGUUGGCCUUCAGCAGCCCAAAGAAGCUACAGAUUGUGGCACAGAUCAGUUCAGUUCAGUGGCUCCAGAUUGCUCAGAGCAAGAAACAGCAACAGUACACAUUUGCCUUGAUCAGUCCUCUGCAAUAACUCCAAGUGUUACUGACCAUUGCACACCUGAUUCACCUGAGGAUAUUACUGAUCACCCCAUGGCAGCAGAAUCUGAAGGCACAGUCCAGUCUGGAGUAAAAGCUCAAGAUAGUGCAAACCAAGUAGUUACCCUGGAUGGCACUGGACUACAAAAAAUAGUUUUUACCCCCUACGAUGCUGUUGCUCGAGAGGAAUUGCUCAAGGAACUGUGCAACAUAAAGUUCUUUUCCAUAGUCACUGAGGGAGAGUUUACAAUCGAUGGCCAACCAUACAUCUCUGUAGGAAUACACUACCUUAACAAACAAGACAUCAAGUGUGAAAAUAUGUUGGCCUUUAUCCCGCUUUCCACAAACAUUACUUCAUUCAUUGAUACACUCACCAUCGCUCUUUCUGAGAAGUGGGGUUUGAACUUAGCACUUUGUAGAAGUCAAACCUUGGCAAGACCAGGUGCCUCAGUCUCUCAGAUGACACAGGCUUCAGCUUUGCUUUCCCAGAGACUCCCUCAUGCUUUCAUUUUCCCGAACCUUCUAACUCCAAAAUCUUUGCUAGCCAGUUUGUCCUCCCUGAGAGAGAUAUCUCAUAGUUUUGAGUUUUUGGAGCAGCUCUUCAUGUGGUUCUCUGAGGAUAUUCAACGACGUGUACGACUAGAGGAUGCUGUUGUACAUUUGUUCCAGGAGGACGAAAGGAAGGCCAGUGAGCUGAAAGCCAAGAUCAGCAGCAAUCAAUUGGCAAUGAGCCAUGAAGUUCUGGAACUCACUACAGAAAUUCUAGAGGCCAUCGUCUUUUGCUUGAAUGAGAUGAAAGGGAACCAAGAUAAUGAGGCAAACACAGCACAGGCUCUGAGCUUCCUUUCUGCUAUCCAAAACUUUGAUUUCAUAUUGACAGUUGUGAUUAUGAAAAACAUCUUGAGCCUCACCAAAAGCAUAAGCCUGAGUCUUCAGGGAAAUUCCUAUGAUGUGUAUCAAGCUGUAAACCGAGUGUCUGAUCUGCUGCCCUCUCUCAGUGAAAUGAAGAACAGUAUUGACUCACAUCAUCAAACCUGGUUUCAAGAGGCUGUUGCUUUGGCUUCUAAGCAGGUACCUUCACUACAACCACCCUUAAAUGUGCACUACAGAGAGGACAUCAGUAAAGGGGCCAUUGAGCACUGUAUUGCUGAGAUGGAAGGACUCUCCCAGGAUGUUCUGUCUGCUGUUCGCUGCUUGCAGGUUGUGCCUUAUGUCAUGUCCAAAGUGGAAGGAUGCUGCAACGACUCUGAGUUGUUCAAGGUGUUCCAAGAUGUCUUACCUGACCCAAACUCCUUCCAGGAUGAGCUGCAGAGAUGGAGGGACAGGUGGCAAGACUGUAUUGCCAGUCAUCAACACCUACCUGACACUGUUCUCGGCACUCUCAAAACUUCAGACAUUGAGUCUUUUCCCAACAUUUCAACUAUCCUUAGGCUCCUGGCAGUCCUGCCCAUCUCCAGCACGCAGAGUAGCUUCACACAGGGAAAGAUGAAAUCUGAGCUGUACCCUCUGUAGUACGCUUGGCUUAGCUAGCUGCCCCCGAACAAGCUGUCUAAUAGGAUGUCAUACACUGCUGAAACUUCAGAAUGUCCCACUGUAUUCUCUAAACUGUAGAUCACAUCUGACUGUAGGUUUCAGUAUGUUUAUUUUAUUAGUUGAAUUAGACCUGUACACUCUAAGUAUAAUCAACAAUGGUUUUAUUGAUGUUUUGUCUUUUUUUUUAUUAUUUGUUUUCCUUUUAUGUAAGUGGCAUGGAAAAAGAGGACUGCCAAUUGGGACCAAUGUCUUGCCAAAAAAAAAAAGAAAGAAUAGGAUGCCCUUGGGGGGCCUUACUGUUUCGUGCCUUUAUGCAAAAACCCUACAUAACACUUUGAAUCAUUUGACACAAAAAGUCUGGAUGGUCACUUUCACAUCACACUUUUUGGAAAUUUCCUAAUAUCUUCAGGAACUUUUAAAGACUUCAAAUCAUAUAAAUAUUCUGAGAUGCAUUGUGAGGGAAAAGAAAAUUGUGUUUUAUCGCAAUGAAUUAUAACUGUGUUAUAUUGUCAAUGUCAUCCCACGGCACAAGCUAAAACCAGUCUGUCCCUGUAUCAUUAUGCGUGUUACAAUGUUUGAUUUGUUUGCAGUUUUAUUUAGAUGACUGGACCUUUCUGUAAACGUUUCUCCCAGAAGCCCUCCUCACAAAGGAAGCAUUCAUAUAUAUUUGACUAAAAUAAACAAAUAAAAUCAUUGAAAAGAA